UGUAAUGUAAACUGUAAACAUAACCUAGUUUUGCCGGGAUGGCAGAUAUAGUCGGGACGACGGCGUUAGAUAUCUUAAUUGAAGAAACAAAACAACGGCCAAUUAUAACACUUUGCCGGAAACUGGAUACAGCGCUUGGAGGCGGGAUAGCUCCAGGAAUUAUAACGGAGUUCUGUGGUCCUCCAGGAAGUGGGAAGACACAGUUUUGUUUUCAGCUUUGCGUCAAUGUUCAGAUACCACGGUCCAUAGGCGGCGUUGGCGGGAAAGCGAUUUUCAUCGAUACGAACCAAGAUUUCACCCCGUACAGAGUAAAAGAAAUCGCCGAGAUUUGCUCGAAGCGGUAUGAAGAUGUCUUUAAGAACUCACCUCAAACUUCGAGUGCGGAACCUGAGUUUUCAGUCGAAAAAAUCCUAGACGGAAUCAGGUACUAUUACUGCAACGAUCGUUAUGAAUUGUGGGCUGCAAUUCAACUGGUGAAAGCUAGGCUAAAGGAGGAGAAAGAUAUCAAACUUAUUGUAAUCGAUUCAAUUUGUUCCCCGAUUCGGGUCAUGGAUGAUUAUUCAGAACGCAUUCGAGUUCUUUAUAGGAUUUUAACGGAUCUUCAAAUAAUGGCUGAUGAAUAUAAUUUGGCAGUCGUGUUGACGAAUAAUUUAACGUCCAAACCUGGUGAGAAUAAUCAAUGGUAUCUAUGUCCAGCGCUUGGAGAUACUCACACCCAUAAAAUUGGACAACGCAUUUUAUUGGGAAGGAAUCCAAAAGAAAAGGAUCACUAUGUGGCGUAUCUAGAAAAAGUGAAACUUUCCCCGCCGGUAUACAUUGGUUUUAAGAUAACGGAUGGUGGCAUUCGAGGAGCUGAUUAGGUCAGUGGAAAUAUAAAUAAUUUAAUAUAUUAACUUUAACAUAUAUUAGUCAUCCUAAUUUGGAUGUUCUAAAUAUUAAAAUGGCCAAAUGAUGAAAUAUUCUAUGAGAUUGAAUAAAUUUA